ACUAGUCCAAAGUCAGACCAAAACCAUCUACAAUUUUAUCUUGCAAGUGAGAAAAUGCUGAGCUUUACAGCAGCUAUCCUUUACACACCCACUCUCUCUUUCCCCCACAAUCACAAAUCGAGCACCAAAUCACCAUUAAAAUGCAAAAAGCUCAAAGCUUUAUCCUCACUUUCUUCAAUCCCUCAAACAAUUGUUGAGCAGGUUUCUCCAAUUCCUGGGAAUUCAACUGGGAAACUGAAAACAAAGGAAAGGGUGUUCUUUUUGGAUGUAAACCCUAUUUGCUAUAAAGGGAGUUCUCCCAAUUUGCACUCUUUUGCCCGCUGGAUUUCUCUCUUCUUUUCUGAAGUCAGCCUCAAUCAUCCUGUCAUUGCUGUAUUCGAUGGGGAAGGAGGCUAUGAACAUCGCAAACAGAUAUUACCUUCUUAUAAAGCACAUAGGGUCAAAUAUUUGAGGCGUAUAUAUACAUCAAAGGGAUUAGGGCAUCUUCCGAUUGGAAGGUCACAAAAAGCUGUUAUAGAUCUUCUAAAGGACUGUCACGUGCCGGUCUUGAAACUUGAAGGUCAGGAAGCAGAUGAUGUUAUUGCUACCCUUGCUAACCAAGUCUUAGAUAGCGGAAAGAGGGUGGUCAUUGCUUCACCUGAUAAAGAUUUCAAGCAAUUGAUAUCAGAAGAUUUGCAACUUGUUCAACCAGUGCCUGAUCUCGAAAGAUGGUCCUUUUAUACAUUGAAGCAGUAUAUUGCUCAAUAUAAUUGUGACCCACAGUCCGAUCUUAGUCUACGAUGCAUUAUCGGCGAUGAAGUUGAUGGUGUUCCUGGAAUCCAGAAUUUGGUUUCAGGAUUUGGUCGGAAAACUGCUCUUAAACUCAUUAAAAAACAUGGAACUCUGGAGAAUUUAUUGAAUGCAGCUUCUUUAAGAACUGUAGGAAAACAAUAUGUCCAAGAAGCCCUUACCAAAUACACCUUUGAGCUUAGAAGGAACUACCAAGUUCUUUCCUUGAGAAGGGACAUUGAUGUGCAUUUUAAAGAUGAGUGGUUAACGAAAAGAGACACAACAAAUGAUUCGGUUGCCAUAGCAAAGCUUCACAACUUGUUGAAAGGAAGCUAAAUCUUCAAUUCUCAGAGAUGUAGUAGGAUCCUGUUGAUCAAUUUGGUAAACUCGAGUAUGCAAGUAUAUAUCCAACUUUGAGGUUUUCUUGAUGUGCCGUGCUUGCCAUCUGUCUGUAAGACCUGCUUGGGGUAAUCCGAAUGAGAGAAGAUGCAAAGGACCGGUGAGUUGCUCGUGUUUUCAAUGGAGUGCUUUAAGGCCUAAACCGAGUAAAUUACAGCCAAAGAUCAUGAAAUCUAUAGCAGCCCCGGGAGUUCAUGCAUCAACAUCAGACGGUCUAAUCCUGAAUUCAACGUCAUAUAUCCGUAUUGCUUACGUUACUGGCUCGAGUGUGGAAGGACCAACUCAAUCAAAAGCUUAAACUGAUGGUCGAAGCCCCAAGAUUAGUUUUAUACUCUAUCACCGAGUAAUACCCAAUGGGGCCGGACCGGGCCGCCGGGGUAAUUGUUUUAUUUUCCCGGCCCGGAUGGCAUUUUCGGUGCUCGUUCGGGUCUAUCUUGUAGUACUUUGUAUGGUUGCAAAGUUGGAAAGUUUUUGGUAUGAUUUGGACGUGGAGAAAUAUGUGGUAUAAGAUGUUGUGCAUGCAGGUCUCAUGGACAUCAGAUUUUCGUCAUUGCAAAUGUCAUUUUUGGGAGGGACUAGUCAUAUAUUUGGGUCCAUUGAUUUUGUAAAAUGUUGGUUAAGAAUUCAUUUUCAUCAUUUUCAUCUUUUAUUGGAUGGGGUCAUGGACCUACAAAAUUCUAGUUGAAGGUGCUGUGAAAUGGCAAGGAAGUUAUCAUGGUUUA